ACUGCCAUGCUUUUCAUGCACACCUUUCCUGCAACUCCCUCUUCCACUCCUUUCAUUUAAGCUUAAAAGAAUUCUACUUCUCCACGGUUUCUCUCUCCCCCUCUUCCUUUCUUAUUCAUGGCUCCGCUUCUCUCUCUUCUUCUCAUCCUCAUGUUCUCUCCAACCAAUAAUGCCCAGUCGCCACCUUCACCUGGCUACUACCCCAGUUCAAAGUUCAGUUCGAUGGGCUUCUAUGAUGGCUUUCGGAACCUCUGGGGUCCUCAGCACAUGAGAGUAGACCAGAACGCAUUGACAAUUUGGCUUGACAGUAGCUCAGGAAGUGGGUUCAAGUCACUUCGCCCAUUUCGUUCUGGUUACUUCGGUGCUUCCAUCAAGCUCCAACCUGGUUAUACUGCAGGAGUGAUAACUUCUUUCUAUCUAUCGAACAAUCAAGACUAUCCUGGCUACCACGAUGAAAUCGACAUCGAGUUCCUAGGAACGACGUUCGGGAAGCCUUAUAUAUUGCAGACUAACGUAUAUAUCAAAGGAAGUGGAGACGGGAGGAUUAUAGGAAGAGAGAUGAGGUUCCAUCUGUGGUUUGAUCCAACACAAGAUUUUCACCAUUAUGCCAUACUAUGGAGCCCCAAUGACAUUAUAUUCUUUGUGGAUGAUGUGCCCAUAAGGAGGUACCCCAGGAAGAGCGAGGCUACCUUCCCCACAAGGCCAAUGUGGGUGUAUGGGUCCAUAUGGGACGCUUCAUCGUGGGCCACAGAAGACGGAAAAUACAAGGCAGAUUAUCACUAUCAGCCCUUCAUCGGUAGGUACACCAAUUUCAAAAUAAGUGGAUGCUCCAGCUCCUCACCAGCCUGGUGUCGCCCGGUCUCGGCCUCCCCGAAUCCCUCAGGAGGCCUGAGCGGCCAACAAUACUCAGCCAUGAGAUGGGUCCAGAGUAACUACUUGGUUUACGACUACUGCAAGGAUCCAAGGAGAGACCAUUCACAAACACCUGAGUGCUUUGCUUAAUUCAGCUCAUUCAUAUAUACACACACAUAUAUAUACGGAUCGAAGUCACCUUUAAUUUUUAUUACUUCUCUUAUUAUAAGCUCUUGGGGCAUCUUGAGAUGGAUCCCGCUUGCCAACUUUGGAUAUAAGGGUAGCUGCGCGUCCAAGGCUCCAGGAUGUGAAAGUUUGUUAUAUAAUUGUUUACUUGAUUUUAUGUUGUUGUACAUUAGUUAGAAUUCAUUACAGUGUGUUACUGUGGAGAGAGAGAAAGUGUGUUUGUGUGUGAGAGAGAGAGAAAUAAGAAAGGAGAAGGGAGAUGGGGUGAUGCAAU